UUUCUCAGUCACCGUAUCGCGUCUUAACAGCAAACAACACGCUUCAACGACGAUACACAUUACUUUGACGAAGAAGACGAACGAGGAAGAACAAAAAAAAGGGAAGUGGUGACGAACGAAACUACAACGAAACGCGAAACGAAAAAUUGUUCAACAAAAUCUACGAGAUUUUAAUAAAUCAAUAAUUAAAUAAGUAACGAAACAUUUAAAAAAAAAAAAAUAAACAAAAGAAAAAUUCUAUCAUGCGUGUUCGUGUGUUGAUCGUAUCGAUUGUUUUAACGCUUUCGAUUUUGUAUUCAACAUCAAACGCAUACGAAGCCGAAGGAAGAAAUUGGAAUUAUGUCCCAAAUACUCAAUACCAUAUACAGACUGAUGAAGGUCCGGAAAGAUACUUUCGCUUUCAAACGUUGAACGGUCAAUUUCGUAAAGAAAAAAGAUUAGCCGAUGGUACGGUCAUUGGUACAGAAGCCUGGCUCGAUCCUCUUGGUUAUUUGCGUUACAAAGAUUACAUUGCUGAUCAUCAAGGCUUUCGUAUUUUAAAAUCAAAAAUGACUUACGUUGGUAAGGAUACACCUAUUCAAGAAGCUUUGAUAAUAAGCAAAAAUGCGCCAGCUCAAAGUGGAAUAUUAGUUAAACCCAAAAAACCACCAAAUCCAUUUAGGAAACCAAACAGGAAUAUAAACGUAAGCCCAUUGUCAAGGAACGAUAUUAAUAAUGGUUAUUAUACACCAACAACUAUCAGGCCGAUCACUAUAUCACCGUAUUUUUCUCCAUCAAAUAAUAACGAUUAUUAUAAUAGAGAAAAUUCGGAUAAUUCAAAUAAUAAUAAUAAUCCGUAUUAUAGAAGUAAUACGAUUGUUCAACCCAUCGAUGUACUAAGAUCACCACCAGUUUCGAAUAAUAACGUUGAUUAUGGUAUUAGAAAUUCGCAUGAUCAACUCGCCGGUGAUAUUUUACCACCUAACGAAGUAUAUAAUACUAAUAAUGGUUUUGAAUAUUAUCUUAAACGUCAGUAUCACGAAGAGGAACGUGAACCUAACGGUGAUAGUGUUGGUUCGUUCGGUUAUAUUGAUCCCUUUGGAAUAAGAAGGGUCAUUUAUUAUAAAACCGAUUCGCAAAAUGGUGGAUUUGUUCAUAAAAAAAAUAACAGAUAUGUUGGUUUUAAUGCUAAACCAUACGACACGUCACCAAUUGAUGAUUUGUCACGAACUAGUAGAAGAAUAUCUUCUUAAAUUGUUAUUUAUUGUUUUGUUUUGUUUUGUAUUUUUUUUUCUUCAUUAAUGUCUCAAAACAUGUUUUCAAAAAUAAGAAGAUAUAAUCUUCUUCAUAACUUCUUCACACCCUUGACCACAUAUGUGGACGUUUAGUUUUUAAACAUUUUUUCAUUUGAUUGCACUAGUAAUGGUUAUUUGUGAUGUACAGUUAGAGAACAAG